UCGUGUUGCCCAAGAAUAGCAAUAACUAGGUGCGCUCCCAAGAAAACUCGCACGUGCCGUACAUACCACGCACCUACCUCUAUAAAAUCACCUUCUCGACCUCCUCAGUCUUCUUGUCUUUGUUCUUCGAUCUGUCACUCAAAAACCCACCACAUUUUUUCUGAUCUUUGUCACUGUACUUUUUUCUCUGUGACUGUGAUGGCGACCAAGAGGAGCGUGAGUACUUUGAAGGAGGCUGAGUUGAAGGGGAAGAGAGUGUUUGUGAGGGUUGAUCUGAAUGUUCCUUUGGAUGACAACUCCAAAAUCACUGAUGAUACUAGAGUCCGUGCUGCUGUGCCCACCGUCAAGUACUUGCAGGGCCAUGGUGCCAAAGUCAUCCUCGCUUCUCACUUGGGACGUCCCAAGGGAGUCACUCCCAAGUACAGUUUGAAGCCUCUUGUGCCAAGGCUGUCUGAGCUCCUUGGAGUUGAGGUUAAGAUUGCCAAUGACUGUAUAGGCGAGGAAGUUGAAAAAUUGGUUGCUCAACUUCCAGAGGGAGGAGUUUUGCUCCUUGAGAAUGUUAGGUUCUACAAGGAGGAAGAGAAGAAUGACCCUGAAUUUUCCAAGAAGCUUGCUUCACUUGCAGAUGUUUAUGUGAAUGAUGCUUUUGGUACUGCUCAUAGGGCUCAUGCAUCAACUGAAGGAGUGGCUAAGUUCUUAAAGCCUUCCGUUGCUGGAUUCCUUAUGCAGAAGGAACUCGACUAUCUUGUCGGUGCUGUGGGAGAUCCUAAGAGGCCAUUUGCUGCUAUUGUUGGUGGUUCAAAGGUGUCAUCCAAGAUUGGAGUGAUAGAAUCCUUGUUGGAGAAGGUUAACAUUCUCUUGCUAGGUGGAGGAAUGAUCUUUACUUUCUACAAGGCCCAAGGUUAUUCAGUUGGAUCAUCCCUUGUGGAGGAAGACAAGCUUGAUCUUGCAAAAUCACUUCUUGAGAAGGCCAAGGCUAAGGGGGUUUCAAUUCUGCUCCCAACUGAUGUAAUCAUUGCUGACAAGUUUGCAGCUGAUGCGAACAGCAAGGUUGUGCCAGCGUCUGCUAUUCCAGAUGGUUGGAUGGGAUUGGAUAUCGGACCAGACUCGAUCAAAACUUUCAGUGAAGCUCUGGAUAUCACUCAAACCAUUAUUUGGAAUGGACCUAUGGGUGUUUUUGAGUUUGAAAAGUUUGCUGCUGGGACUGAGGCAAUAGCUAAGAAGCUUGCAGAGCUCAGUGACAAGGGGGUGACAACAAUCAUUGGAGGUGGUGACUCAGUUGCAGCUGUUGAGAAGGUUGGGCUUGCUGAGAAGAUGAGCCACAUCUCGACUGGAGGUGGUGCAAGCUUAGAGCUUCUCGAAGGGAAAACACUCCCCGGAGUCCUCGCCCUUGACGAUGCUUGAGCUGAAUUUUUUUCUCAGUUUUCGUGCAUUUUGUCGGUUGUUAGAUGGGUUGGUUUUUCAACCAGAAUGGUUCAAGUAUAUCAGAGCUGAUCAUGUAGAGGCUAUAUAGGGUAGAGAUUUGAAUAAGUGCUCUCUUGAGGUUUAACCAUUUUAAUGUGCAUUGCUUUGUUUGGAUAUAUUUUUGGAACAAAUGUUAAUGAUCCCAAAGUGCUUUUCUGAGCUCAA